UGUCGAUCCACGGGCACGCCCAUCUACUAUACCAUGUGGCUAGCUUAGCAUGAGUAAACUGUACAAGGAGGUGGGCUACUUAGCCAGGAGGCAGCUAGCCGUGGUGCUGGAUAGGGACUCCCCUCGUGGGCUCGAUUGGAAGGGCCUGGCUGACAAGAUGAGCUUCUCCUAUGAAGUGAUAGUGUCUCUGAGAGGGAGUCGCUCCCCCACACUGGCCCUGCUCGAGAGAUGGGAGAAUAAUGCUGGGUGUGAUGCUAGCCUGACCACUCUCACCUCACUCCUGCAAUCCCUCGGAUGUGUGGAGGGCGUCGACAUUCUCAACAAGGAGAAAGAGCGGAGAGUGGAACAUAUUGAUGUCCCUAAAGCAAGCUUGUCUAAUCGCCCUGCCCACAUUAGCGGCAGUCCUCACACACCGUGUAGCUCUCUUGACCCCUCCGCACUCGACCCUGACGAAAUACAGAGGUUACGCCAAGUCCAGGUUGCCACGGAGAUAGACCCAGAGAGACUGGCGGAGGGAUUGGCCAACCUAUCUGUGACUGCCGGGACCCCCCGUGAAGAUGUAGCGUCCUUGCAGAGUCACAAAUACGAUGUCUUCCUCUCAUUUGCUGAAGAGGACGAACGGUUUGCAGAAGAAGUCCGAUUGAGGCUUGUGGAGAACGUAGGGGUUAAAGUGUUUGUGCCCUCUAGCGGUAUGGCAUCUGAUCGAGCAUUUCAUGAGGAGAUCUCAGACAUGAUAAAGGAGGGUUGCAUACGUACAGUGAUCAUCCUGUCACCUGACUACAUCUCCUCUCCGUGGUGUGGCUUUGAGGCCAACCUGGCUUUCAUCAGAUCCCCAGAUGUGCGUAAGAACCUAACCAUUCCUAUUCUGUACCGUGCGUGUAAGGUACCCGCCUUCCUCUCCCACGUACACUACCUCGACUAUCCACGGUUCAGUGCUAAACGCAAAGAGUGCGAGGAAUACUUCUGGGGAAGACUCUACAAGUCCAUCAGACACAGCACAUAGAACACUUCAACAUUCAGUGACAUUAAUUUGUGUUUUGCCAUUCAUUUAUUAUUAUUUUCUUUUUGGGGUGUUUGUUUUUCUUCUUAGUUACAAAAUUCAUAGAUUAUUCAUGAUGUUGA